UGAAUCUAAGUGUGCGUUCUCUAAUUCUCUCCUUCUCUCUUUCUUUCUCUCUCUCGGAGGACCUGAGCCCUAGGACCAUGCCCCAGGACUACCUGACAUGAUGACUCCUUGCUGUCCCCAGUCCACCUGGCCAUGCUGCUGCUCAGUUUCAACUGGCCUGGGCCCUAGGACCAUGUCCCAGGACUACCUGACAUGAUGACUCCUUGCUGUCCCCAGUCCACCUGGCCAUGCUGCUGCUCCAGUUUCAACUGUUCUGCCUUACUAUUAUUCAACCAUGCUGGUCAUUUAUGAACAUUUGAACAUCUUGGCCACGUUCUGUUAUAAUCUCCACCCGGCACAGCCAGAAGAGGACUGGCCACCCCACAUAUGCUCUCUCUAAUUCUCUCUUUCUUUCUCUCUCUCGGAGGACCUGAGCCCUAGGACCGUGCCCCAGGACUACCUGACAUGAUGACUCCUUGCUGUCCCCAGUCCACCUGACUGUGCUGCUGCUCCAGUUUCAACUGUUCUGCCUUAUUAUUAUUCGACCAUGCUGGUCAUUUAUGAACAUUUGAACAUCUUGGUCAUGUUCUGUUAUAAUCUCUACCCGGCACAGCCAGAAGAGGACUGGCCACCCCACAUAGCCUGGUUCCUCUCUAGGUUUCUUCCUAGGUUUUGGCCUUUCUAGGGAGUUUUUCCUAGCCACCGUGCUUUUACACCUGCAUUGUUUGCUGUUUGGGGUUUUAGGCUGGGUUUCUGUACAGCACUUUGAGAUAUCAGCUGAUGUACGAAGGGCUAUAUAAAUAAAUUUGAUUUGAUUUGAUUUGAUAGACAGAGCGUAUGCAAUAUGUUAUUAAUGUGUUAUGUCAUUAAUAAGGUUUACACUUUACAUACAGUGCCCAUUUUUACUGUGUAAUUAUUCCUGUAAGUACAGUUUAACAAGUAUUAUAAUUACUCAAUUGUUCAAAUUUUACUUAGAAGAUAGGUCUACAGCUAGACCUUAAAGCCAGUGAAUUAAACCUAACUGAGCAAUUGUGUAUAUAAACUCCCUCAAUUUACGUCCCUGUUUGCAAGUGUCACUGUUUACAAAUGGUAUGUUAGACUAGACAUAUUAGCCUUUAUAUAGGCUACAUUGUGUACCAUUUGAAUAGCCUAUAGUUAGGCCUAUGCUAUUUAAAUAGACUUAAACAAAACGACCCAGCAUAUACUCUUUACAAGGACUUCCCUAUGACAAACCAUUAAUUACGUUAUCUCUGUCACUCAUUUGGCAGUUAUUAACUUUGCUUUAAGCAAUACAAUGUAAUCAUCUGACGUUUAUUUUUGGCCUAUUCCAGGCAGUUAUAGCUCUACGCGUGUAACCAGGUCUAAAUUUAGAUCAAACGUUCCGCCGUCGCUUGCGUCAAUGGAAUCCCGAGCGUGCGUCAGAGUAUAAGAACGUCUGUGUGAGAACGAUGCCAUUGGCUCCUGACCCGGAAAAAUCACCGCCCCUUUGCUAUUUUUGCGGAAAGACACGCCUAGAGCCGGGGCCACCCGACGUAACGGCAAAAUAAAAGUGACUGUAUAUAUUACACUCUACCCGAAGUCUGAAGAUUUCAUUCCCUUUCUGAACUGUAGACAGAGGUUUAAUACACUUGAUGCUUCUCCAUCACUCGGAAUAAAUGAAAAUCUGUCUAAGGAAUUUAGAGGAUUUAUAGAUCAGGUUAGUAAAAGCAAUGCCCUGUGUUCAAACUCAGUAUGGAACUGUGCCCUACGACAACAACUACUUUAUCUCUGAGUUCCUGAACCCUGACCUCAGUGCUAAGCCAGCCAUGGACAUCGGUGCCCAGCGGGACCAGCUCACCGCCUCCUCCCUCCCCAGCAUCAACACCCUGGUGGGCAGCGGCUACGUGGGCGAGUUUGACGCCUACUCGUGCCAGAUCACCACCUCUGCCUCCAAUGCCCCCUCCGGCCCCGCGGCCGGCGGCAGCUCAAGCCCUCAGGCUCAGCACUCAGCCUUCAAACUGGACGACCUCCAGGUGUACGGCUGCUACCCGGGCUCCUUUGCCCUCAGCUACCUCGACGAGACGCUGUCCUCCUGCGGCUCCGAUUACUAUGGCAGCCCUGCGUCGGCCACCGCCUCCCCACCCACCCCGGGCUUCCAGAGCCAGCCUGGCUCGGCCUGGGACUCCCCCUUCAGCCCCUACUCCCCAGGCCCUGGGUGCUGGGUGGCUGAUAAGUCAGGCUUAGCUCAGCAACCCUCCUUCUUCACCUUCACCCCCCCGGUGGAGCAGCAUUCCCCCCUGGGGCAGCAUCAGGGCCCCCAGCAAGGUGAGGAGGACCCUUUCUUCCAGCCCUCACAGCAGCAUGCCUCCCCUCUCCAUUACACCCCCUUAUCCCUGGACCAGGUGUCCCUGGACAGCCCCGGGCUCAUGGAGGGGCCUAUGUUGUCCCCUAAGAUCUGCAGCCCCGGGGCCAACGAGGGUCGCUGUGCGGUGUGUGGGGACAACGCCUCCUGUCAGCACUACGGGGUCCGCACCUGUGAGGGCUGCAAGGGCUUCUUUAAGCGAACUGUACAGAAGAAUGCUAAAUAUGUGUGCCUAGCCAACAAAGACUGUCCAGUAGACAAGCGGCGGAGGAACCGGUGCCAAUUCUGCCGUUUCCAGAAGUGCCUCGUGGUGGGAAUGGUGAAAGAAGUCGUCCGCACAGACAGCCUGAAAGGUCGCAGGGGUCGUCUGCCCUCUAAACCCAAGACUGUACCAGAGUCAGUGUCCAACACCUCACCCAUCAACAUCAUCACCUCUCUUGUCAGGGCUCACAUAGACUCUAACCCCGCCAUCGGAAAACUGGACUACUCCAAGUACCAUGAGACAGUGGUCAGCCUAUCAGAUAAAGAGGAUGCCAACGACAUCCAGCAGUUCUAUGACCUGCUGACUGGCACCAUGGAUGUGCUGCGGAAAUGGGCCGAGACCAUCCCAGGAUUCACCGCCUUCUGCCCAGAAGACCAGGAGCUUCUCCUGGAAUCUGCUUUCGUGGAACUCUUCAUCCUCCGGCUAGCAUACAGGUCGAGUCCUGAGAAGAACAAGCUGAUAUUCUGCAAUGGUGUGGUACUUCACCGUAUGCAGUGUGUGAGGGGCUUUGGCGACUGGAUCGACUCCAUCAUGGACUUCUCCCAGAGCCUCCACCGCAUGAACCUGGACGUGUCCUCAUUCGCCUGCCUCGCAGCACUCGUCAUCAUCACAGAUCGCCAUGGCCUUAAAGAGCCCAAGCGGGUGGAGGAGUUCCAGAACCGCCUCAUAACCUGUCUGAGGGACCACGUGGCCAGCAGUGGCUCCGACGCAGGGCGGCCCCAGCCCAACUUCCUGUCCCGUCUGCUAGGGAAGCUCCCCGAGCUGCGCACCCUCUGCACCCAAGGCCUGCAGCGCAUCUUCUACCUGAAGCUGGAGGACUUGGUCCCUCCACCACCCAUCGUAGACAAAAUCUUCAUGGAUACCUUACCUUUCUGAAAAGACAGACAAAAAGAUGAAGAGGAAUGAUUAAGUGAUGAUGCUGAGGGGACAAAAAUAUGAUAAACUGAGGAGGUGAAUAGGUGGCCGUUGUCUGUGUCCAUUACAUUUGGGACUUAUAGGACCCCCCCACCCCCACUGAAGUGGCAUCUCCCCUUUCCAGUGCACUGACUUGAUGAAAAGUGUCUGAUUCUGCCUCUGGUCCAGUGUCUAAAAGUGAGGACUUAGACUGUAUUUUUCUCACAUUUAGUUUAAUAACAAAAACCUGUGGGUGACAGAAUUGGAUGUUUAUUUUCCAAUCUGUGGAAUUAUCCUGGACAAUGCAUUCAACAAGAGAGAGGAAGACAUGAGAUAACAUUUCUAGUUUUUGGUCUCUUUUGUAAGUGUGACUUUGUAGAGUGGCUUUAUCGCUAUGCAAAAUGUGUACGUUUGUGUUUUUGCACGCUACAAAAUAUUGAGAGACAGUUGGUGUGUAUGUACAGCUCUGAGGGGGGAAAGCAGGCAUGUUCACACCUGAACACCCACUUAAACCUAAGUUCUCAAAAAUCCUAUUGAGUUUCCAAAUCCCAACACAACUUAAUUUAGUAGCUGUUCAAAGUUGACACAUAGGGAGGCCAACAGUGUCAAACGCUGGAGUCUCCAGUCCACUAGCCUUUCUCAAAGACAACUGUUGCGUCCUACAUUUCAAAGUGAGUAUUUUCAGUGAAACCAUAAUAAUAAUAAUAAUAAUAGCCAUUUGUAGUCCUGAUACCACACAUUUACACCUAUAGAAGGUCGGACCAAAGGGUAGCUGUCUAUCUGUCUGCAGUGACAGCUGGCUAUUGUUGUGACAUUUACAGCUCAUCAACCAUAAAGCCUUAAUGUACUUUACAGGCCCAGUGCAGUCAAAAAUGUGAUAUUCCUGUGUUUAUAUUUAUAUUUUCACACUAUGAGGAUGGAAUAAUACUGUGAAAUUGUUAAAAUUAUGAUAAUGCCCUUUUAGUGUAAGAGCUGCCUGAAAUUUCAGCUUGUUUUGGUGGGAUGGAGUUUUGGCCUGCCUGGUGACAUUACCAGGUGGUAAAUUAGUUAAUAGACCAAUAAGAAAGAGAGUUCUAAACCUUUCUGCCAAUAACAGCUAGUUUUCAGUUUUCCCCUCCCUACCCAAAAUUCUUGCUAGAGAAAUUGCUUUUUGCUAAGAAGCUAUUUUUGUUUAUUUUUUUACCAUUGUAAUUGAAAAAAAUCACAGUAGGGUACUUACUUAAUUGUAACCCAGAAAUUAUUUGAUAUUGAGAUAAAAAUGGCUGCAUUGGACCUUUUAAAAGGUGUCAUAAGUUUUACUCAUGCCACAUUGCAACAAGUAUUGCGGUUUUUUGUAAUGGCAAGAGAAUCAUAUCACUGAAACUAUUUUUUUCCCCUUAGAACUUUAUAGGAAUGAGUCCUUAAAAAGAGAAAAAUGACAUCAGAAUUACAAUGUUUAAAAAGUGCCUUUACAAAAGUUGAAGAUCUCCUGUGUAUUCAGGUUUUCAUUUCAACCAUCUCACUGAUAGAAACUCUGUAAAUCUAUUAAUUUGAUGUCGGCAACAACCAGAUGACAAAACAUUCGAACAGACUUGGUGAAGUUUGAUUGGCUGAAAUGAAAAUGUGCAUACCAAGAGUUACUUGAAAACGGAGGUUAGGAAUCUCAUGGUUUGGAAUAGCCUAAGAAUAGUCUAGGGAUAAAAAUCAUAGAAUACAUUUCAUUUUUUGAAUGUGGGAGAGUAUUAAGUUUCACACUAUAGCUGUAACAUGGAUCCACUCAAACGUAUCCCUUAAUGCUCUAUAGCUUACUAUCCUUACCCUUAACUGUGUGAUUCUAUAAACAUCUGCUAAUGUAAGGGUUGCCUUACACACGCUCCUUCAGGAGGAGUGUGCAGUUUUAUAAAAUGUAGUUAUUUUUAUUUUGUUCUUGAAAUGAACUUCAAGUGAUUUCUUAAGUCAUUACACAGUGAAAUGUGACAAAAGGACGAGCAGCUAAGAGCACUUCAGCGUUCUAACACAGUAUACAGAUUUAUACAAAAAUGUUCUAUGUUUGUUUGUGACGUGUGUAUACUUAUAACAUAAAUACUUUAUAUUUGUGAGUUUUUGUAAUGUGGUACAUACAUAUAUAUAUUCAGAGGAAGAAAAAGUAUUUAAUAUUAAAAGAACAUUUCAAAAUACAA